ACUCUUUUUUUGAGGACCUCUUUAAAUUUCACCCUAGAAAAUGGCAUUUGAGCAGAGGGCGCAAGUUUGGAUACCCCGGUAGGCACAAAAAAGAGGAAAAGACUUGAAAAACUGUGUGAGCUCUACGGUGCACUUCGGCACUCCCUCUCUCUGCCGUCAUAUGGUCAAAACCAAAAUCACCCGACAACGCCAUUCUCUAUUCUAGAAUGACCAAACAUAGACUGCACAAUCGGUUGUGCUUCUAUUUCUCAAGAACGAAGAGACAACCUUUUACUACUUCCCCUUUACCUGCCGAAGCAACGCCAACAUCAUGUGUUCCCACAUCCUUAAUUAAUCACAGGACAUUGUGUUUUUCACUUGCAGAGAAUUUAAUACUUCGUGGGUUGUUCGAUUCAGCUCAGAAAGUGAUCCGGAGAAUCAUCAACCAAUCAUCAUCACUCUCUGAAGCUCUCUCUGCCGUUGAAUUUUCGAUUUCUCGUGGCGUUGAGCCUGCUGAAACUAGCUAUGGUUUUCUCAUUCGGCAACUUGUGACAUCUGGAGAAACACAGAAAGCUGAGGUUGUUUAUGAAGAUUGCAUUUUGAAGAGAGGUAUUGAGCUGAACCAUUCUUUAUUGAAUUCCAUGGUGAUUUGCUAUUGUAAUUUGGGUAAAUUGGACGAAGCUAAGUUGCUUUUUGAAAAACUUUUGGAGUUGAAGUUGGUGCCUUGCAGUAGUUCGUGUAAUGAGCUUAUUAAGAGAUUUUGUGGUGUAGAUAGAUUCUUGGAUGGGUUUGAUGUUUUUGUGGACGCUGAUAAUGCUGAUGUAUUACUCAGUUUCGGUUGUUAUAAUAAGUUAGUGGAUGGUUUGUGCUUCCGGGGGUACAUAAGCGAUGCUCUCUACGUGCUUGAUGUAUUGUGUGAUAGAGGGCUACCGCCCACUGUUCAUUUGUUUAAAACAUUGGUAGUUUCGUUAUGUAAGAGGGGUAGAGUCGAGGAAGCUCAUUUAUUGAGCAUGGAAAUGGAGUCUUAUGGUUUUGUUCUGGAUAAAGUCAUGUACACGACUCUCAUCAAUGGUUAUUCCAAAAUCCAGAAAAUGACAACAGCUAUGAUGGUGUUUUUCAGAAUGAUGAAGUUGGGCUGUGGACCGGAUAUGUAUACUUACAACACGCUGAUAAAUGGGUUUAUGAACUUGGGCAUGUUCGACAAGGGUUGGGUGUUGCAUGAGCAGAUGGUUCAAUUUGGAUUAGAACCUGAUGCUGUAAGUUAUCAAAUCAUGAUUGUCAAUUAUUGCAAGGAUCAUAAAGUUGAUUGUGCAUUGACACUAUUAGAUAACAUCAUUCAGUGCAAUGUUGCUCCCAGUGUUCACUCUUAUACUGCUUUAAUCUCUGCACUUUAUAAAGAGAAUCGGUUAACGGAAGUAGAUGAUAUAUACAGGAAGAUGAUGUGCACUGGAUUGGUUCCUGACCAUGUUUUGUUUUUUACCUUGAUCAGCAAUUAUCCAAGAGGGUCAGAGAUUAGUCUAGCAUGCACAUUUUUGCGGGCUAUUGCCAAGAACGGUUGUGGUAUUGACCUCUCUUACAUCCCUAGCCCUACCAGUCGUAAAGUUACCACAGAUAUCAUGCUUGAUAUUGAUCUUCUCUUGGGAGAAAUUAGGGCAAGAAACUUAACUCUUGCUGGUGUUGCUUUCAAUAUAUACAUGAUUGCUUUGUGUCUAGGAGGAAAACUUGGUUAUGCUCAGCUUUGCAUGGAUAAGAUGGCAAACCUUUCUCUUCAGCCUUCACUGUCAGCUUAUAAUUCCAUGAUCAAGUUCCUUUUCCAAAAGGGACUACAUGAGGAUGCCAAGUUCCUUGUUGAAGUUAUGCAAGAUCAAGGUCAAGUACCAAAUCAAGCAACAUUCUUGAUUAUGGUAAAUGAAUACUGUAAACAGGGUGACAUACAAUCAGCAGUUGAAGUUCUGGACCAAAUGGAAGAGAGUGGAUUGAAGCCUAGUAUUGCUAUAUAUGACUCCAUCAUUGGGUGUUUGGGUAGAAAAAAGAGAAUAGACGAGGCCCUUGGAAUUUUCCGGAGAAUGCUUGAGGCUGGAAUUUAUCCCGAUGAAACUAUGUUUGUGACAAUGAUUAAUGCUCUAUCAAGAAAUGGGCAAGCUAUUCUGGCCCAUGAGCUCUUUGUGAAAAUGUUGGAAGAUGGAGUUCAACCAAGUCGCUAUGCUUAUACUGCUCUUAUAAGUGGGUUAGUUAAGAAAAACAUGAUAGCGAAGGGCUGUGUAUACCUCAAUCGAAUGAUAGAAGAGGGUUUCAUGCCAAAUACUGUUCUUUAUACUUCUCUUAUAAAACAAUUCUUAAGGAAGAGAGAGUUUGAAUUCGCAUUUAAGUUGGUUGAUUUGAUGGAAAGAAGUGAGAUUGAGCGGGACCUGGUGACUUAUAUUACUUUGGUCAGUGGCGUUUCUAGAAAUAUUAGGUCACUUGAUGGCAAAUGGCUUGUUCCACAGAGACGGUAUGAAGAAUCUAAGGAAAUGUUGUUCCGUCUACUUCAUCAGAGUGCUAUGUUGCCCAAGGAAAAAUGUUUGAAAAUCUCAGUCAGCUCUCAUGAACAAAUAAAAUUUCUUGCUCUUCGGCUGAUAAACAAAGUGAAGAGCAUUCCCCUAGUGCCAAAUUUGUACUUGUACAAUGGCAUAAUUUCUGGGUUUUGCUGGGCAGAGAGUAUGGAAGAUGCAUACAAGCACCUUGAUGCGAUGCAAAAUGAAGGCAUCCAACCAAAUCAAGUUACUUUUACUAUUCUAAUUGAUGGGCAUUUCCGAAGUGGUGAGAUUGAUCGUGCUGUUGGUCUUUUCAACAAAAUGAAUUCACAGGGUUGUCUUCCAGAUAACAUUGUCUACAACACUUUAAUAAGAGGUCUAUGCAAGCAUGGAAGGCUCAUGGAUGCUCUAUCCCUCUUAUACACAAUGCUCAAAAAAGGAUUGGCCCCUUCUAAGGCUUCAUAUGAAAGUCUUCUCAGUUCUCUUUGUGCUAAUAAUUGGAGUGUUCAUGCACUGAAGAUAUGCCACGAUAUGCUUGCCAAUAAAUAUGUCCCUUGUCGCUAUAAUCUUAAAUCGUUGAUUUGUAUACUAGAUGAAGAAAAUAAGUGCCAGGAAGCUCAUUUUAUGUAUGAUUUGCUUCUUAAGAAAAAAAGAUUUAUGUUGAACACAAGCUAGAGGCUGGAUAUGAUCUCUCUGAUACUAUUUUGGCUUCCUUCCGUGGUCCGUGUGUAUCAACAGAAUAUGGACUUUUGUAUGGAGCUGCACAUUGUAGCUUGUGUACCCUCAGAAUUCCCUUUGGCAAAUUGCUGAAUCUGAUAAGCGGUGCCUAUGUACUGGUCGUGUCUGAUUUAUAAAGUGGUUGUAUGCUAUGUGCAGUUGACAACCUUCAGCAAAGCUCAAUGAGUUCAGAGGCAACAGAAAAAGAAGUGUUAUUCUCAGAUGAAAGAAAUGGCAUACAUUUGUCAGAAAAUGAAGAAUCCUCUGGACGGUAUGUGCCUUACAAACUCAUUGUUGGAGGCCACAUAUUUGGCAGAAAAGCAGAAGCAGUAUCUAGAGGCAAGUGCUGCUUUGAGAGGCAGCUGUCUGAGAUCACUAGGAUGUUGCUCUGGAAAACAUUGAGGAUGGUUCACUGAUCAUUGAGAAAGAAGAAUUUUUCUUGGGGGUGUAAUAGAAGGCUGUUGUUGGCCAAGGUGAUGUCAUUGCGACAUAGUGAAUUAUAUGGGAUCUUUGAGAGGAAAUUAAGCCAUUAAUAGUAUAUGGAAACUAAGUGAAAAUUCAACAGGCCUUGUCAGAUUUGUUGCUGGACAUAUGCACCAUCACUGACAAUGAAUAUCCAAAUUCGACCAAGUAUAAGCAAAUAUCUAAUUCGUGCAUAUUGAAUUCAGUACACUCUGUAUAUGUACUGAUGUCCCUACUUUCGGAGGCGCUGCAUUUCUAUAAAGGCAGUGUCAGGUUCACAGGACCCUCAGUAGGCCCAGUUGCCGUUCCAGUUGAUCUUUUGGUGCGCUUCAUUUCUAUCUAGAGCUAUCAGAUGACUAACUUUUGGUUAUGUAUUUAUUGUUAGGUUUUCAUCUCUUGGAUGAACAAUUCAUAUAGCAAUGAGCUGAUUCGAACAAAUGUGUUCUGUUGACAGUAUACAGAGGCCUGUAUAGAGCUGGGAAAAGAGAUGAAUUUGAUGGUUGUUGAUCUUUGCAGUGCAAUUCAGAAAAGAGAAGAUGGGUGGUUGCUUGCUUUUCAUAAGUUCAGCUAGCCAUGCGUUGCGUGUUUUAUACCUCUACCAGAUUGAGAACAUUUGCAAUCAUAUCUGUAUCAUUCCCUUAUUAUUGAGCCAUGUCAUCUUUAUAGGUUACUUCUAGCUCAGUGUGUUCAUUUUACGCCUUUUUGCUUGUUCUAUGUUUAUCUUGGUCUGAUGAUUCUGAAUGACCUAUUGUUGCAUCCCAGGUGCAAGUAGUGGUGGGGCGUAUUAAAUUAAUUAGCGUGUAUUAAUAAAUAAGAGUCGGUUACCUGACUCAAGUAGUUAACUCUACAAGUUAGAUCAGUAAGACGUUGUUAGUAGUGAUGUUAGCUGAGCUUCUAGAUCUUUCCUAGACAUUUUGUAUAAAUUGACAUACUGAGUAAUUCAAUUAAGCAGUUACAUUUUAUCUUUCUUUCUCUGCCAA